AAUAACAAUUUGUCAGUAAAUAUAAAAUUAACUAUUUUAACAAAUAUUAAAUUUAAACAAUUCUAAAUAUCAAACAUUUUUUUUAAUUAACGGCAAUGUCGGAAGCAAAUGCGGAGAAUCCAAUUAUAGCUCCUACAAAUACCAACGAGAAAAGACGAAAUUCCCAACUAGCAAAAUUCACUGUAUCCGCAUCACCUAAGCCUGUUAUGCGCUUCAUGCCCACUUAUCGUAUGAAAUCAAUUAGUCCUUUCAACAAGGAAGUAUGUGAAAAAAUCAUUAAAACGGUUAUGGACAACACAUUUGGAGAAUUUACUUAUACUCCAAAAUCGACAUUAGAAUUAUGUGCUGAAGUAAGCGAAGAAAUAAAAAACCGUAUUAAAGCUCAAAACUAUGAUCGAUACCGUUAUAUUGUAGUUGUCAGCAUUGGAGAGAAACUAAUGCAGGGUUUUCAUUCUCUCGUCAACUUUCUGUGGGAUGCAGAUAAUGAUGGUUAUUUAUCUUAUACAGUAGACACGCCAAAAUUUUUUGCAAUUGCGACACUUUAUUACAUCUAUUAUGAUUGAUACUUAAAUGUACAUACAUAUGUAUGUAUGUGAUUAACUCAAUAAAACAAUAUUCUAAAACACACCAC